AGAAGGCCCCUGACGCGCCGCCGCUCUCGUCACCCCUCGUCCCCCUCCUCUCCUCUCGUCUCACCACCACACCGCCCACACCCGAACGCGAUGGUGGCGCCGCUCGCCCCCCUCACCGCCGCCGCCGCUCUCCGUCUCGGCGGCGGCCACCGCCACCGCCUCCUCCUCCUGGCGUCGCUCCGUCCCUACUCCGCCCCCACUCCCCGCCCUUCCGCCGUCCCUGCCGCACGGCGCCUCCCGCCGCCGCCUCCUCCUCCUCGCCGUCUCGCCCGCCCGUUCGCCGCCUCAGCCGCCGCGGCCGUAUCCGAGACGCAGACCGAUUUAGUGUCUGGUUCAACAACGUUAAGCAAGGGACGCAUCUACCACGAGACGUAUGGGUGCCAAAUGAAUGUGAAUGAUAUGGAGAUUGUGCUUUCUAUCAUGAAAAAUGAAGGUUAUGAUGAAAUUGUCCCUGACCCUGAGAGUGCAGAGAUAAUAUUUAUCAACACCUGUGCAAUCCGUGACAACGCAGAGCAGAAAGUCUGGCAGCGGCUCAACUACUUUUGGUUUCUAAAAAGGGAAUGGAAAGCUAAUGUCGCUGAAGGGAGAUCAAAAUCUUUGCGGCCUCCCAAGAUUGCUGUCCUUGGGUGCAUGGCAGAGCGACUGAAGGAGAAAAUUCUCGAUUCUGAUAAAAUGGUUGAUGUUGUUUGUGGACCUGAUGCAUAUAGGGACUUGCCUAGGUUGCUCCAGGAAGUUGAUUAUGGGCAUAAGGGUAUGAACACACUUCUCUCUCUUGAGGAGACUUAUGCUGAUAUCACCCCUGUAAGGAUCUCUGAAAAUUCGGUUACGGCAUUUGUGUCAAUUAUGAGAGGUUGCAACAAUAUGUGCUCGUUCUGCAUAGUUCCCUUCACUAGAGGUAGGGAAAGGUCCCGUCCAGUGUCUUCUAUUGUCCGAGAGGUUGGUGAGCUGUGGAAAGAAGGCGUGAAGGAAGUAAUGCUUCUUGGUCAGAAUGUAAACAGUUAUAAUGACACUUCUGAAGUAGAAGAGUUGGAGCCUGGCAAAAACUGGCAACUUAGUGAAGGAUUUUCCAGCAUGUGCAGGGUGAAGAAUAUGGGGUUCCGUUUUGCUGAUCUCCUGGAUCGGUUAUCUUUGGAAUACCCUGAGAUGCGGUUCAGGUUUACCUCUCCACAUCCAAAGGAUUUCCCAGAUGAGCUCCUAUAUUUGAUGAGGGACAAGCAUAAUAUCUGCAAACUUAUUCACAUGCCAGCUCAAACAGGCAGUUCUGCAGUCCUGGAAAGAAUGCGGAGGGGUUAUACUCGAGAAGCGUACUUAGAGCUUGUGCACAAAAUUCGUAAUGUUAUUCCAGAUGUUGGGCUAAGCAGUGAUUUCAUAUGUGGCUUUUGUGGAGAGACAGAAGAUGAACAUGCCGAGACUCUCAGCCUUGUAAGGGCUGUUGGAUAUGAUAUGGCUUACAUGUUUGCAUAUAGCAUGAGAGAAAAGACUCAUGCUCACCGAAAUUACGUGGAUGAUGUCCCCGAAGAUGUUAAGCAGAGGAGACUCACAGAACUGAUCAACACCUUCCGUGAAACCACAAAAAAGAACUAUGAUUCUCAAAUAGGUACAGUACAACUCGUUCUUGUCGAGGGACCCAACAAGCGGGCUCCCAAAACGGAGCUGAUUGGAAAGACGGAUAGGGGGCAUAGGGUCUCAUUUGCUAGUGUCCCUGUACCACAUACAUUUGAAGGCGAUGAAGUGCGGAAGCCUGUGGUUGGUGACUUUGUUGAGGUGAAAAUUCUCAGGUCGUCGACAGCAACGUUGUUUGGGGAGCCAAUUGCGCGCACAAGCUUGAGUGUGUUCUACAAAAAUGCUGUGUCCGAAGCACACGCUGUUGCUGCAUAAAGAAUAUUGAAGUGUGUAGCAGUUCUGAACUGAAUCAGAGAACCCUUGCAGUUAUCUUUCAAAUGACUAUAAUUUUAAACUAGAGAAGUUUAACUGGGCA